AUGAGUAAGACCGAUCCUGUUAUACUCUAUGUGGGGGUAGCAGGGCCCUGUCCUAACUACAUCAAGGGAAGCUAUAUACAAAUGUAUAAGAGGUCCCAAGCUCGAAAUUCAUCGAACCUUCUACCUACGGUUUUAGCGCGAUACCCAUCCUCUGACUUGUCAGAUUUUCCAUUCCCACCUUAUAUCUACAACUAUGUAUUCCCUAUGGGGGUUCAAAUCCUGUCAGAAAAACCGGUUAAGAAACUCGAUCAUCACUGUUUCACAUACACAACUGCACGGGGAAGACUUGUCUGGGGUAUAUCUCACCAGUUUGCAUUGCCAAUGGGCGAUGAAAUGCGCGGAAUCAUACAAUCGCAAUAUGAAGACAUUAAUGUCACGGUCCAAUCAUACAGUCUGUACUCUAUUUUUGCCCUUAUCACAGAGGGCCACUUAUCUAAAUUUACCACUAUUCUAGGCCAGUUUGCAAGAAGCAUCCAGUCAGAGAGGGACUUCCAGGGUGUUUGCAUGAAAAUAUAUGAGCUUUUCCCAUCAAAGAAGAAGUUGCCCUACACUGUUAUUAUCGAUACCGACAAGCAAGUCCAGGCAUUUCCGACUGUAGCACUGACUUCAGCACAGUCAACUAGUGCUGGUUUUACACCAAUAACUCAAAGAGUGCACCAGACACCCAAGGAAGUAUCAGCUCUAUCUCAGGCGGUUAUCAAUGGUGAAGUGCUAAAACGAAAUUCAGGGCAGAAGAACUCUGAAAAGCUAAAGCUGACUUUCGAGAAGCUUUCUAACAACUGCUUUCCGUCAGUUUCUGUUAAUUUUCUGACCCUUUUUAGCCACGUUUCUCCCAAUGCAAUUGUGGACACGUUAGAGGCGCUUCUACAAUCUCGAACGGUCUUAUUUAUUGGGAAAUCACUCCACAGGGUGUCUAUGUGUGUCAUUGAAAUGUGGACUCUUCUUUAUCCGUUCUCGUAUCCCUUUCCAUUCCUCCCUGUCAUGUCUGGUCUUCAACUGUACAUUUUGCACUCCCCCUUUCCAGUGCUUGCGGGCGCUUACAGAUCCGUUAUAACUGGCAAUGCAAUAUCCCCCCUUCUUCACGUAGUCGAUGUGGAUACUGGCCGUGUUGUGCCGCCUUACGAGUUGCUCUCUUCGCAGUACGGUGGCAGGCUGCUUCGCUAUGCGCUCCCGCGGGCAGUUAUUUCUAGAUUUCCAAUUGCCUUUUACCUUGGAGAGGAUCAUAAGCAUGAGAGUAAGCACGCCUCUCGUCAUGAAGUAAUGCCACAUGCGGUCGCUCUUCACAAUACAUUCAAUCUGGAGGGCACUGAUGAGACCUUAACCAUCUCAAAUCUUUUUCCAAUGGAAAAGAAGGCAACAGCAGGGCAACGGAAAAAAGGCAAAGGUGGAGGCCAGUCUUCUCAUACUGAUAUCACCAGUAAUGAGCACUCAUUGAUCCCAACGGUUUCUAAGGCAUAUCAAAAUCUAAGUGAUACCUCUAAAGAACUACAGCAGCUGGUUCCUAACUUUUUCGGAAUCUCUCAUUUAUGUCGUUUAAUAACUAUGAACUUUCAUUUAUUCACACUUUCCAAAAUCAUUCAAAUAUCAUACGAUAGCAACACUCUGCAAUCAGGUAUUAACACAAGACAACAUGCUUUCCCUCCUCCAGUAGGAAAGGGCAUUGCCAGCUAUGCAACUAAAGCGCCCCCAGACAUGCAAGCGAACAAGCGCCCUCUUUUAUCAAAAUCUGUCAAUAGCAUUGCCAGCGUCGCAUCUGUUCAUAUGGUACCAACAGAGUCAUCUAAUUCGGGUGAUAGCUUUCUAGGAGCAAUGCAAUCCUGUGCAGGAAAGGUGAAACGACAAGUGAAGAAGCGCUUAGCCAAAAAGGAGCAGCGGUGGCGCCAUGGAGAUAGCUUGAUCCUAGAUCGUGAUGGAAAGGUAUCUAGUUUACUUAGCACACAAUUGCCACAAAACAGUUGUCCGAGACCCUCAGAUCAGCGAAAAUGUGGAGACUUGAAUAGUGCAACUGCUUCGUCUGUAUCGUCAUCGAAUAUUUUUCAGGUUCCAUCACUUCCUACUAUUAUAAAAAAGCGACUCCUUUUACUAAUUAAUCAAGCAGCUCGUAUUUAUAUAGACAAGUCCACUAAGGAGAAGCCUUCUAAAGGGGUAGCAGACACAUCGACUACAUGUAAUCUUCCAAAGAUGCCGAGUCACUACGAGCAGAAAAUUAAUAUACCAGGUCCAAAUAAUGGCCAGAACCACCUUCUGUCUGGAUCUGAUUCUGAGGAAGAUACGAUUGGUGCCCAAUAUCCCAAUCCUAUAGCUCUAGCUAUUAUGAACAACUGCUGUACGCAGCAGUUGCCACUGCAAGCUAUAAUACCUAAUUUUCAAUCCACUAACAUUUGUGCAACAUAUUCUUCCCCCAUGACCCUCAAGCAGGACUACUCUGCUGCAAGAGCUAUAUACCCAGACGAAAAACAUGUCUACUUUGACUACAAGGGAUAUAGUGACGAGGUGAAGCGUCUAGAGUCUAUACAGGAUUAUGAGCAUAAGGAGGGAGAGUUCAAAAGUCUAGAGGAGUCAGCAGAUGAUGAGGAAGUGUCUUUAUAUUCUGACAGGCUGCAGACAGGAUUUAUGGUUAUUCUACUUGGUUUGGUGAAGCAUGUUUAUCGCUGCAUUAGACGGCGUUCAUACACAAGUCUCCUCGUCGAUCCAAAUUUUGUUCAAACGGGUGCUUCAUCAAUCUCAAUUCCUAAAUUUAAAACAGAUAUGUUCCACUAUUUAAUAACAACAAAAGAUAAAGAGCAACCUUAUUAUGUCCUUCCGACGUCGUCUUUUGCAAGCGAGGAGGAUUUUUCUAGCACGAUAUUUACAGAAGAGAGCGUAAUACAAGCUCUUAGGAGGAUUGUUCCAGGGAAUAUACAAACUAACAUAACCUCUGUUGUACAGGAGUCGGGAAAGUAUGACGAUGUCUUUGAUUAUGCCAGCUUCCUAGCAUUACUCUCACCAGAGUUCCAGAGCUUCAUGAAGUACUUUGUUCACACACCCUUCUUCGAAGAGUUUCUAGAAUCGAGACUUCUUUUCCCCUCUCAGCUGGAUGGAUAUUCUUAUCAUCCGAUUUUCAAGCAAAUAGCAUUAUUUUCACCAAAGCAUUCUGACUCUGCCUUCACAAGCAUUACAAGCACCUUUUCUGAUAGUUGUGCCUCAUCCGUUGCUGUGCCCUUUUUUUCUUUCUUGCCCAACGGGAGCCAGCAGCAAUAUACUUCUCUUCAGCUGAAUGAUUGCAUCUCGGAUACAACUGUGAUGACACUCAGUGGCGACGAGCAGAGCUCUAGACCAUCUUCUCCAGUGAAUAACCACGGCUCUAGCUCGUUGCUGAUUCACUCAGGUGAAAUGGACCUUGUGGAUGACAUAAUGGCUCUUAACUUUCUUCACAGGAAUGCCCGAAGAGAAGCGCAGGAGCGAUACUCAUUUGAAUUUCAGGCAUUCAAACGAGGCCAGAGAAGACAUGUUUGGAGGCCGAAGCAGGUGACGCUUGUGACUAGUGCAACGAGGAUCGUUAUCCACUGGCGCAAGAAUGACAUCAAAGAGGUAAAAUCGGUAUCAGUAUUAACUGAAGUUGACAGAGCAAACCAAUUGCGAGACAAAGAUUCAGAUGAUGAGACCGCAGACAGCAGUACAAUGGAGCUAAUUCCUGGCCAGUACAUCACUUUUGUUCCUUAUCAGCCACUUUUAGAAAGUGCAGAGCACACUAACUGUAUUUGUAUAUAUGCAGAUACCCGGCUCUUAUUAUUCUCCUUGAAGACACCAGAGCAUCAGAGAGCUAUGCUCAGCAUUCUGAUGCGGUCAGAGGUUCAAAGUAAUGAACGCCUGAACUCCGAACAACCGUCAACUAAGUUUAUUCUUGAUACAAGGAGGGGACGCAGCAAAGCAUUAGGCCACCUUAUGAAUGCUCUCGAUAAUGAAGACAGGAUCCUUAAGCGCCAAUUAGAAGAUUUUAUCAUAGACGUGUAUAGCGGAAUACCCUUAGACAAAUAG